UAAUCAUAAUGCUGCUUUCCACCACUGGUUGUUGGAGUUUUUAGGAGAAUAUCUUUUAGUAAUCAUCUUUCUGUACAAGCUGCUAUAUAAACUUAACCCCAUAGCUGGUUUAUCAAGUAAAAGCACUCAGUAUUGUGCAGAGCUCUGUGGGAAUGAUUCACUCACUGGCCUCGUGCAGUGGAGUAAAGGGUGAUGGCACAGAAGCAUUUAGUUUUACAAAACAUCAGUGAGUAACACAAAAAAGGUUAAAUAAAAUAAGCAGAAUACUAAAAAAAAAUAAAUUACUGAGAUAAUGAGUGUUUCUAGAAAUUAAAAAAAUAACUUCCUAAAAAAAUUAAAAUGUUUCAAUUGUUCUUGUAGGUAAAGUUUGUUGGGAAAUACCAGGGCAAUGUUAGCAAAGAGAGAGCUAUGCUAAUUUAGCAAUGUCUUGCACAGAGCAGAGCCUCUGGUGUGUAGGAGGAGCAGGAACACCUGUACAGAAGGUCCUCCCCAAACUGCAAUGAAAUUCCAUCCCCAGGCACAAGGAGAAAUGUUUCCAAUACAUUAUGUGCAGACACUGUGAAUUGAAGUGUUGAUAAUUGAAAAUUGUAGGUGAAAUGAUACAGUAUACCAUACAAGCAUCAAGUAAAGUAUAGAUAGAUAUGACUCCUUCACACUGUGUUUUAGUGGGUGUGGAUAGAUCUGAAAGAGGGUAAAUACUGUAAUUUACUCUUUUUAUGGUCAAGUUUUUCUGCAUCAGUUUAUAUUUUUCUCUUUUGGAUAUUUCUUUCUCUUUACUAGUCCCUCUUCUUCAUAUAUACUUAGUCUUUUAAAAGUUAAUUGUAAAAGUCUUUGGUGCUUUCUGCUUCAGUAAAAUACAGACUUUAUGUAAAUAGAUAAAAGAAUAAUCUCAAAUUGGUUUAAUAUUUUUAUUUUUUAAAAAUUAAGAGUAUUUCAAUAUUUUUAGGGUUUAAUUGCUAUUAUUAAACUACUCUAAUGAUAUUUGCUGUGCAUCAUGACACUCAGUAGUAUGUUGACUUCCAGAUUUCCCUAAUAACUUGAGCAUUGACAUAUAUAAAAGGUGGAUAUUUUUUUAAGGGAACAAAACUGAAGGCAGGAUGUGGUUAUGCAUCUGAAUUUAUUAUUUUACCAGAAUUACACAUUUUUUCUUGUAAAUGUAGCAGGUAGAUUAGGUUGCUUUCAGAUCCUGAUGUGAUUCAACAGUGUCCUAACUGUUGAGAUGCUACUUGUGCAGGAGCUGGUUUAAUUGUGCUUGGCUGGCUGUCUUGGACAUGCUGGUUCUUCAGGCUGCUUCCAGCAGGAGGGACUGGUACAUUCCCUGGGAGCACAGCCACUGCCUGCUGCUGGAAUUUGCUGUCUUCCUGCCCAGGAAGUUUCAAUAACCAGACCCUGCCUGGUGUGCAGAUAGGUGAGAUGAAUCCCACAUUGGCUGGAGAGCAAACAGUGAGUCACUCUCCACAUCUCUUUUUGAAAGCUGGAGUGUUGUAAGUGUGCUGACCUAAGGAGGCAAAUGAAACGCUUGCAUGGGAAGUAAUGCCAUUUAUUAGAUCAAACUGAUAGAAAAGAAGUAGCCAGGCUCUGUAUGCAUCUUUGUUCUCAUCUCUUUUGUUUGAGUGUUUCUGACUCCUUUUUUCCCCAGUUGCCCUUACUUUGAUUGAAUACAUUUGAUAUUCUAAUCCCAACUACAUACAUUAGAAAUAAGCUGAUGUAAUUGAAAGCAUGUGUAGCGUAAGAACAGACCAAUACCUCUUUGAAGUUCUUUGAGAUAAGGAUCCUUCAAAUUUUUAUUUCCUUGCCAAAUUCUUCAGGUUACAUCUGAUAUUUCUCCCUAGAACUUUGUCCCUAAAAAUUUCUCCCUUAACUUUGGAUAAAGUUAAGGUGAAUCUUACUGAAAAUUAGUUGUUUUCUAAGAUGGAUUGCCUUUUUGUUUCUGCUUAUUCCAUGCAUGUUUGUAAACUAAGCAUAUAUACACAUUACCUUUCCAGUUUUUUUGAGGAUCUAGCUAAAGUACUUCUAUUUAUCAUCUCAUGACAAUUUUUUGAAGGAUUAAUGUAUUUUUGGAUAUUUUGAUUUAACAAUUUAGUAAUUAUCCUAGAGUUACAGAAGAGUGGAUCAUGGAGCAGUUUGGGCAUCUUGCAGAAGUUCUCAGUGUUUUUUUUACAGGGGGCUGACUUGUUCACUCAAGUCUAUCAAUGGAAUUGCACAAUCCACCUCGUUCAGCUCGCAGCAGUGACGCUCAAAAGAGCAAGGGAGGAACGAUGACAAUCCUUUGUCUGCGCUGUCAUUGCUCUUGUGUUCAGCCUGUUCUCACGCCUACACGACACUGCUCAUCUCUAUUUCAAAAAUACCAGAGAUUUCUUAGUGGUCACACCCGAUCUUGCUGUGGUUUGCCUGACUGCCACCUUCACCAGCAUUCAUACUUUCCACCAUGCUCUUCAGCUGUCUUCCCAAUGAUGAUUUUCCUUUACAUCCACUGCAGUAAUUUUCCUAGUGCUCUUGUACACUAGGAGCAGAUUAAGAGAUCACACAAGUUUUUCUCAAAUGACUCACUCAAUAAUUUAACUGAAAAUCUUUAUUUGUCUUGUUCUGAAGCCAGGCGGGUGAUUUUGCUGCUACACAAAUAGAGUUUGUCCUUCUGGGAGAGUCAUGUUCCAGUGACUGCUUCCAAGCAGUCAAAUUUUCUCAUGGCUUUCUAGAGCACUUGGAGAGCUCUUUGGUAUUAUUCCAUUAGGGAUAAGAGAAUUUCAGUGAAAAUCACCUGAUUGUCCAUACUUUUCCUGAGUUUUAUGUACAAUUCUACAUGCCAUCUAGUGGGCUGAUUAUGAAAGAAAGCAAUGAAUCUCCUUUGCAAACAAAAGCCAAUUUUCUGGUUUUUCUCUUAAAAGGUGCUCCUCCUUCUUGCUUGUCUCCUGUUGAGAGGCAGUUUUGUAAAUCCUACAUGAGAAAGAUUUCUCUGUCAUUUAGGCUGACUUUACUUUGUAAUGGUCUUAAUAUAUUUUAUGUGUUCUUUUUCUCUGCAUCCUACAUUCUGUUCCUUACAGCUUUUGCUAUUCCUCUGGCUUCAGGAGGAAUGUUUUCACAAUGAGAUUUUUCUGGGCUGGCUGUUCCUUUUUUUGGUCCACCUUUGUUUCCUAAUUUCUCCUCUUUGUUUCUCAGCUGAGCAGAAUUAACUGCCAAUAAAACAAAAUGUUUUUCUGUGAUUCCUUAGCUGGACUUCUCUUGUCCUGUAAUCUGUAUCUUCAACUGUCUUGUCCUGUGGCAAACUAUUAAAGUGAUUAAAAAGAAGAAGUUUUCCUCUUUUGGAUUCAUAAGUAUUAUAGUUUCUACAGGUAUAUAAUACUAAUGUAUAAGGAAAGGUAGAUGUAAUACUUUUGUAAGGAGUUAAGAAAUGUAAGAAUGUAAUAACUUGGUUUAAUUCAGAAUUUUAGAAAAAUUGGUUCACUUGAGAAGAUUGCUUGGGGUGUUUUAUCUCUGCACAUAUUUCAUAUUGCAUUUUAGUGCACCUGGGAGGGCUGAGCACUGAAGACAGCAAGGUACUAAACCAGCUGUAUUGCUAUAAACCAAAAGAAAUUACAUCUAAAAUGCCCAGAGAAAUAAUUUGCUGUAUAAUUUCCGUGUGCUUAUCCACCAUCUCUUUGGGAUCUCUAAGAGAGGAAUUAUCCUGCUCUUUUCCUUGCCAGAUGUUGAAACUAAAGGCUAAGAGAACCUGGACAAAGAGGGGAAUCAAGUACGAAAUAAAUCCUCCUCCUGUGGUACAUAUAGGAUAAUAGAAAUAAAUAACAGUUUAUAAUAAAAAGAGAUGGGGUGUUCUACAUAGACUCAAAUAAAUACACACAGGAAAAUAACUUUAUUCUCUAUGGAAGCCAUGUUCCCUCAGAAAGUAAAAAGAGCAGUUAAAGAAAGGGUGCAUCUUGUUCAAUUUCAAAUAUUACACCUUGGAAUCAAUGAAGGAUAAUGUAAAAAUAUUUCCAAAACAGAGAAUGCUGUUUGCAGGAGAUAUCUAUGGACACCAUUCUUUAUCCAUGGGUAAUGGAAAAACCUGAAUGUUACCAUGUGUUUCUUUUUGUGCAAUUUCAAUGCAAAAUCCUCCUAGAAUAACUUUGACUUCUUAGCCCUGGCUUUGGCCAUGUGGGUUUAUUGCAAAUUCUCUCAUGAUAAUGCUUUUCUUUGACAUGUUUGCCUUUGUUCUGUAUCUGAGUACCAGCAAGACCUGUUCUUGAGAUGGAAAAGACAGAAAAGUAUUCUUUUUGCAGCACCUCUGAAUAAUAUCUGCAACUCUAUCUAUUCAGUCUUUGUAAAUGGAACUGCUACCUCGGAGAAUAAAUCUAAUGUAGAUGUAUAGGCUUUCAGGUGGUAUGGACAGCAUCUGUCUGAAAAUUUAUUCUCAUUUAUUUAGGUUUGGAAAGGAUUUUCUCAUUUGUUUCCUGUCUUAUCCUUGAUAUUGUUAUUUAGUAUCAAAUACCUCAUACCAAAUAAAACCAGGAUGUAUUUUUGGUAACUGAGGAACAGCAGGUUCUGAAGGGUUUAAAAUAGAUGACAUAUGAUACCAAGAAUAGCCCAGUGCAACUUAGCCAACCUGAGAAACUAUUCAAAGGGAAAGCCAAAAUGGAGGGCAGUUCUAUACUCCAUUCUUUCACUAACAUUUAUUUUGCCAUUUUUGCUUUGUUUUGCUUCAAGCUUUUAAUUAAGAUUUCCUUGGCUUUGCUGACCCAUUUCUAUAUUGUUAAAGGCAACAGAAAAGAAGCUGCCAGGAUAGCAGAAGAGAUCUAUGGAAUAGUCCCAGGCAGCUGGGCAGACCGAUCCCCUCUUCAUGAUGCUGCCUUCCAGGGACGCCUUCUCUCCCUGAAAACCUUGAUUGCACAGGGUUUCAACGUGAACCUGGUGACGACAGACCGUGUGUCAGCUCUCCACGAGGCCUGCCUGGGCGGCCACGUCGCCUGCGCCAAGCUGCUGCUGGAGAACGGUGCCCAGGUCAAUGCAGCCACCAUUGACGGCAUCACCCCUCUGUUCAACGCCUGCUGCAGCGGCAGUGCAGCCUGUGUCAACAUGCUGCUGGAAUUUGGAGCCAAGGCACAGCUGGGGACCCACCUGCCUUCGCCCAUCCACGAAGCAGUCAAGAGAGGUCACAGGGAGUGCAUGGAGACCCUUCUGGCCCAUGAGGUUGAUAUUGAUCAAGAAGACCCUCAGCACGGGACCCCUCUCUACAUGGCCUGCUCAUACCAGAGGACAGAAUGUGUCAAAAAGCUUUUGGAGCUAGGAGCCAAUGUGAACGUGGGGAAGAGAUUAGAUACCCCCCUGCAUGUGGCAGCGAGGAAAUCCAGUGUAGAGAUAGUUGUCUUGCUGAUAGACUAUGGUGCUAACCCGAAAUGCAGAAAUGCUGACCUCAAAUGUGCCCUGGAUCUUGCCACGCCCCACAGCAAAGUGGAGCAGGUUCUUCUGCUUCGGGAAGGUCCUGCCAGCCUUGCCCAGCUGUGCCGGUUGUGUAUCAGAAGGCGUCUGGGUCGGUCGUGCCUAUACACAGUCCACAGGCUGCACCUGCCUGAGCCACUCGAGAACUUCCUCCUUUAUCGAUAAGCCAGUGACUGUCUUUAGA